ACCGCCCCCGGAUGAGCAUGUUCCCGACCCCUUCCGCUCGCCUGGACUGACUCAUCCGCUCCGGUGGGCGCCGCCCGCAGACCGCUCCCCACGCGUCCGUCCUCCCCUCUCCCUAUAUACAACACGCGCGCUCCAUCUCCAAGAUUCACGACUCCAUCGCGGAGACAACCAAACAACCUCGUACAGCACAGGCGAUCGAUCGGCGCGGCCAUGGAGAAGCCGCCGAUCCCGAGCAUCAUCUCCACCGUCACCUACUGCUGCGGGGCGUGCGGGUACGACCUGAGGCUGAGCUCGCUGGCGCGGGACACGGCGGGCGGCGCUGGCGCGAGGCGGCGGUGCGUGGGCGCGGCGGAGGUGGUGUUCGACGCCAUCGACGACGCGCGCUUCGGCCACCUGGAGGAGUUCCGGUGGCUGGACGUGCGCGCCUGCCUCCCCUUCUCGCGCCGCACGCGCCUGCUCUGCCGCAAGUGCGGCGCCCGCCUCGGCUACGGCUACGACGACACCGCCGCCGCCGACCGCCCGCCGCGCUACCACAUCAAGAUCCGGGCCCUCCAGCCCGCCCCCGGUCCCGCCUCGGACCACGCGGCGCCGUCCGAUCCGUGAUCUGAGAUCCUGCCGUAUUCUUUGAUUGCCUGUGCAUGCAGCCGCAUCUGUCUCUCUCUCCUUUCAAUCGAAUCUCCUCCAAAGUCGCUCGCUUGGACCCCAAGCAAGGAAUGAAACAGACUGGUUGAUUGAUCGGGA